AUGGCUCCGUCUAAAUGGGAUGAGGAGGAUGAAGAAAGCACACCUCCCUCCUCUCCACCAACCGCGCCUCUCGCCCGGCGCUGCAAGUUCGAUGACGAAGAAGAAGAGGACAGCGACGUGCUAGAAUCAUGGGAUGCCGCCGAGGACUCCGAAGUCGAGCGCGAAAAGGCAAAGAAGGCCGCCGAAGCCAAAGCGAAGGCUGACGCAGAAGCCAAAGCUAACCACAAGUCCAAGUCUCAGCGCAUCGAAGAGCGAAGACAAGAGAACAUGCGCCGUAGACUAAUGGAAGACGAGGAGUCGAGCGACGAGGAUGAGGACGAGGCCACCCGCCGUGCAAGACUCAGGAAGACAGAACAGGAUUCAGACCUCAAGCACGCCGAGGAUCUGUUUGGCGAACUCGCUGUCGGUGGCAAACGCAGCGGCGCAAAGCCCGUCACAUUGCAAGACACAAGCGAUCCGACCAAGACUAUCGACCUCAGCGCCCUCAGCAUCUUCAAUCCAAACACCAAGGACCAGUUCGCCAAACUCCGCGAGACCCUCGUACCGCUCCUGGCGGCAAAUACCAAGAAAGCGCACUAUGUCCUCUUCCUUCAGGAAUUCACCAAACAGAUCGCGAAGGACUUACCGAGCGACCAGAUCAAGAAGAUUGCGAGCGGGUUGACGACCCUGAGCAACGAGAAGAUGAAGGAGGAGAAGGCGGCCGAGAAGGGAGGGAAGAAGAGCAAGGCUGCAAAGACGAAGGCUAGCUUGGUAGCGACACGGGAUGUGAGCUACAAGGCAGAUACGUCUACUUAUGAUGACGACUUUGGAGAGUGA